GACUGGACAGGCCCAGAGGUGCCUGGAUGGAGCAUGGGCCAGGUUCUAGGAUUCUCCAACUGCAAGGAAUUAGGUUCUGUCAACUCCACCCCCGACUCCACCCCUCCCUGCACAGACGGCGGGAAUGAGGAGUCUGAGCUGUAUGAGCUGCAGACGGCCCACGACUGGUCUGAGGAAGAGGAGCGUGACAGAGGAGGGGAGGAUGAAGAUUAUGAUGACGACGGUGAUCUGGCGUCUUCCCCAUCGAUAUGGGGGACGCCUCACCAGCACUCCUUCGAGCUCACCUUCUCCUACAUCGCCAUCGCUGAGGCCGAGGCCGUGGGCGCCACGCGACACCACCGCGAAGGCUCGGGACGCCGCAGGGGCGGGGCUAGGCUAGGCCGCACCCCCCUCGUGCGCACGGAUACCUUGGAGACCCUCCUCCCUCUGGACUCCCCCGAUGUGGAGUGGGACCCCCACGCCUUCCUUACCCUCGAGGAGGCAGAGGAGGGGGCGAGGAGGAGGAGGGAGGAGGAGGAGGAGGAGAGUGAGAGGAGGGAGAGACUGGCUGAGUCAGAAGCAGGGCCGAGGCAGUCCUCUCUCCUGGAUGGAGAUCUGGAGGCUCUGGAGAGGAACGUCACGCUGGGACGAGAGAGGGGGAGGAGGGAGUCUCCCCAGCAUCACCAUGCAACACAGCCCCCUGAGUUACUGGAGACCCUCGUCACCGUGGAUGCCACUAUCAUGCUGCUAACACCCAUCCGUCCAGGAGGCGGGGCCAGCAGCAUUGUUUCAUCCACAUCCUCUGCCCCUAUUGGUCACACUCAGGAACUGCUGGUCAGCGAACAGUGGUUCUCGGCUCUUAGCCUAUCAGAGGGCCCCACGAUAUGCGCCCAUAUAGCAGUGAUGGACCUGAUCUACUGGAAGGACACGGAGCGCACAGGCAUGGUGUUCACAGGUCUGGUGGUGGGCCUGCUGUCCCUGUUCCAGCUCAGCCUGAUCACCGUGGUGUCUUCCCUGUCCCUGGCCGCCAUGUGUUUCACCAUCUCCGUACGCCUCUACUACAAAGUGCUGAGUCUCAUCAACGUUGGCGACGGCAAGCAUCCCUUCAAGGCCUACCUGGACAUGGACAUAUCUCUGUCGGGGGAGCAGGCUGACCAGUACAUGCAGAGAGCCAUUGUGCUGGCGGUCUCUGCCGUCAACACCCUCAAAGGGCUCAUCUGUGUCGGCAGCUUCUUUGACUCCCUCAAGUUCCUGGCCCUGGUGUAUCUGGUGACAUACCUGGGAGAUCUGUGUAAUGGCCUUACUCUGCUGAUCAUUGGUGUGAUUGCUGUCUUUUCUGUCCCACUAUUCUACAGACAACGCCAGGAACAAGUGGACAGUGUCAUAGCAAGAAUCCAGGCUAACAUUGACAACAUCAAGGACAUUCUGCAGAGAAUUGCCCAGGGCGGUGGCCCCCUUCCAGACCCCACCCCUGGUGGUGCCAAACCCAAAGACCAGUGAAACGACAGGAAGGAGAGGAGAAUGAGAGGGGGCGAUGAGAGUAGGACAAGAGGAGAAAAGGAAGGAGGAGAGGAGGGGGUGUCACUUAGAUGUCUUACCCAGCAGUCUGAGUCCUGAGGGCUGGGCUCCUGAGUUUAGAGGGAGGGAUGGAGGAGUGGGGGUGGGGUGGGGGGCGGUACUAAAAGAGGACUAGGUCAGUCAAAGCAUGUGAUUCCCGGAUGAGAGUUUACUGUUUUCAUGAAAAGACAUGACCAAGGUCAGCUCCUCGUCUUCGUUGUCAACAGUCACCUUGUGUCCCGACCAUUAUGGGAUGGCUCCAACGAGCCACAACUAUGUUUCGAAGAGGUAACGACACCAGGGACGUGCGAUCCAUCUUCGCCUGAAGGCACCUGCCACAGCAUGAAGAGAAGUAGAGAGGUGGGGGGGGGGGGGGGGGGGGGGGGGGGGGGGGGGGGGUCUAGGUGUCAGACUCUAGAGUUGUAGUGCUUGAACCUGUGAAGGUGAUGAGUCUGCAGGGUUAGAGGUCACUAGGUCACAGCUGGUUAAUCCAAUGUUACAGGUCAGAGGUCACCCAGCCGGGGUUUAGUGUUUUUCACGGAACCCCCAAAACAUGGAAUCAGGAUGUGUGUGUGUGUUUGUGUGUGUGUGUGUGUGUGUGUGUGUGCGUGCGUAUGUGUACAGUAGGUAAGUUGACCUACAGCUUGCUGAACUGAACCUGUGUUACCUAAGAGCCUAUUAAAAUGACAUCUGUUCUUUUUCUUUUCAGAAACGUCA